AUGGGCCAAUACGUUGACAUGCUUUUCGCCAUGGUCUUUGCCUUUUGCCUAUGGUCACUCCCCGUCGUCAACAUGAUCUUUCCUUAUUUCUAUGACAACGGAAAUGAGGAAGACCUGAAGAACUUGCGGAUAUUCAACGUUGUCGCCAGCUUCAUCGUCCUUGCUUCGUUCCCUGAUCAGGCUGCUAUUAACCAGCAAUUCGCUCGCGAGAUGGGCAAGCAGUGA